AUGUCUCAAAAUAUUUCACCUGAUUUGAUCUGGGAGAUCACCAGAUCCCAGAGUGCUUUAUUGGUUAAGCGUACAACUUGUGGUGGAAGUCAAUUCUCCAAAGAUCCUUUGAACUUGACCAACAAGUACUCGAGAAAGUAUGCUGGUUACGUCAACCCAAAGGCCGUCGGUGUCGUCGCAGCUGAGAAGGGUGUUACUUUAAUCACCAAGAAGACCUCUGCCAGCCAAAAGCCAGCUUCAAGCUUGACCAAGGUCACCUUCAGCAAGGCCGGAAGAAAGACCUUCGCUGGUGUCGCAAAGACCGUCGCCAAGGAUGGAUACAGAUCUGAUCUCCGUGCUGAAGCCGUCGCCCGUGCCUCCGCUAUUCUCGUAUCUCAACUCCCCAAGAAAGAUGCCCCAGUAUCAAAGCUUAGAGGAUCAAAGGCCGCCAAGGCUGCUGCUGAGAAGGACGAGUAA